UGUUAAAAAUUCAGCCCAACUCCAACCCAGCCUCUCUGUUUCCAAGCCCCAUUUUUCACUCGGAUAUUAGCUUCUCUGACUUCCAAGUAUACUCAUUUCCAAGAACAAGCUGAAUAAAAAGAAAUGGGAAGGGGAGUGACCCCUAUACUCUGUCCUCCAUAGCCUAGCAAGCUCUUGUGUUGUUCAUUUAUGCAUGCUUGCCAGAGGUAUCACUCAGUCUUUAUUAUCAGAAGAGUAUAUGUUGCAUAGAAUGAGAAAGUGACUGUUUGAUCUUUCUCCAAUAUAGCAGCAUCCAGUAUAUUUAAGAACGUAAGAGCCCAGCUGGAACAGAUCAAAGAUCUAUGUAGUCCAGCAUCCUGUUUCCACAGUGGCCAACCAGAUGUCUAGGAAUUCCAUAAACAACACAUAAGAGCAAUAGUCCUCUUCUGCUGUUGGUCACCAGCAACUGAUAUACAAAAGUGUGCUGCCUCUGAUACUGGAGGUAGCAUAUAGCCAUCAUUAAUAAAAACAAUGAGUGGAGGGCUAGCACCAAGCAAAAGCACAGUUUACGUGUCCAAUUUGCCCUUCUCACUGACAAACAAUGACUUAUAUAGGAUUUUUUCCAAAUAUGGCAAAGUGGUUAAAGUUACAAUUAUGAAAGACAAAGACACGCGAAGGAGUAAAGGGGUUGCAUUUAUUUUGUUCUUGGAUAAAGAAUCCGCACAGAACUGUUCUCGGGCACUUAACAAUAAACAGCUUUUUGGAAGAGUGAUAAAAGCAAGUAUUGCUAUUGACAAUGGAAGAGCUGCUGAAUUUAUCCGCAGGCGAAACUAUUAUGACAAAUCAAAAUGCUACGAAUGUGGAGAAACAGGACAUUUAAGCUAUGCAUGUCCUAAGAAUAUGCUAGGAGAGCGUGAGCCACCCAAAAAGAAAGAAAAGAAGAAAAGGAAGAAAGUAAUUGAGCCAGAAGAAGAAAUUGAAGAAGAAGAAGAAAGUGAAGAUGAGGGAGAAGAUCCUGCUCUUGACAGCCUCAGUCAAGCUAUAGCUUUCCAGCAAGCCAAAAUUGAAGAAGAGCAGCAGAAGUCAACACAGGUAGCAGGCGAGUCCUCAACAUUUGAUUCAAGGCGACCCCGGAUCAAAAAAAGCGCAUAUUUUAGUGAUGAGGAAGAACUUAGUGAUUGAUUUAUAUAUUAUGUAAAU